AAUAUCGGGGCGAAAUAUUUGCAAGAAGAUUUACCUGAUGAAGUUAUGUUAAAAAUAUUCUCCUAUUUAUUAGAAUGUGAUUUAUGUCGAGUCUCUGAAGUUUGUCAUAGAUUUCACUCCAUAGUCAAUGAUGAGGAACUAUGGAAACCACUGUACAGAGAUGUAUUUGAAUAUGAUUUACCCUUGAUAUUACGUGAUACAGAACCUAAAUGUUAUGAUUUUAUACCUCUCUCUGAUCUGGGAAAAUAUGACAAUCCAUGGAAAGAAAGCUUCCGACAGCUGUAUCGUAAUGUAAACGUCCAUGUCCGACAUGGUUAUAAUAUGGGAAACAACCAAAUAACAAAAAAACGACACAAAGGCAGAAAUGUUGUGUAUUUUGAUACAAUAGAAGAUGCACUACAGUAUGUUGAUAGUCUAAUGGCGUAUGAUCCAGUGAUAUUUGUCCACAGUGGAGUAUAUCAGGGCGAGGUUCUGUCUAUUGACACUUCUGUUACUAUCAUUGGAGCUGCCCCUGGUAAUGUUCGAGAUCAUGUUAUUAUUGAGCGAGACAGCAAAUCUACUGUAGUCUUUAUAUCAGGCUCCAAUUCAGCUUACCUAGGUUAUGUUACUUUAAAGUUUUCACCAGACAUCACGUCGUGUGUGCCCCAUCACCAUCAUUAUGCACUCGAGAUUACUGACCAUUCUUCACCAGUCAUUCAACAUUGUCGUAUUAAAAGUACAUCAGUUGUGGGAGCUGCAGUAUGUGUGUCAGGAUCUGGGGCUGACCCUACCAUUAAAAAUUGUUUAAUAAAAGAUUGUGAGAAUGUAGGAUUAUACGUGACAGACUACGCAACUGGAGUAUAUGAAGACAAUGAAAUCAGUGGUAAUGCUCUAGCUGGUAUCUGGGUUAAAAAUCAUGCCACACCCAUCAUGAGACGCAAUCAUAUUCACCAUGGCAGAGAUGUUGGUGUUUUUACUUUUGAAAAUGGCAUGGGUUAUUUUGAUUCAUGUGAUAUCCACAAUAAUAGAAUAGCUGGUUUUGAAGUAAAGGCUGGAGCCAAUCCAACAGUUGUUUGUUGUGAAAUACAUCAUGGUCAGACUGGUGGUAUUUACGUACAUGAAAAUGGCCGUGGACAAUUUAUUGGAAAUAAAAUACACUCUAAUAAUUUUGCUGGAGUGUGGAUUACGUCCAAUAGUGAUCCCACAAUAAGGAAAAAUGAGAUUUAUAAUGGCCACCAAGGAGGAGUGUAUAUAUUUGGUGAUGGUAGAGGUUUGAUAGAACACAAUAACAUUCAUGGUAAUGCACUAGCUGGUAUACAGAUACGAACUAACAGUAAUCCUAUAGUCAGACACAAUAAAAUACAUCAUGGUGAACAUGGGGGCAUUUAUCUUCAUGAGAAGGGUCAAGGGUUAAUAGAAGAAAAUGAAAUUUAUGCGAACACCCUGGCAGGGGUUUGGAUUACAACUGGUAGUACACCUGUUUUACGUCGUAAUAGAAUACACAGUGGAAAACAGGUUGGUGUAUAUUUUUAUGAUAAUGGACAUGGUGUUUUAGAAGAUAAUGAUAUUUUUAAUCAUCUUUAUUCUGGAGUUCAAAUCAGGACUGAAAGUAACCCAUUGAUUAGAAGGAAUAAGAUAUGGGGUGGACAGAAUGGAGGUAUAUUGAUCUAUAACAGUGGACUGGGCAUGAUUGAAAAUAACGAGAUAUUUGACAACGCUAUGGCAGGAAUCUGGAUUAAAAUGCAUAGUAACCCUGUUUUACGUCAUAAUAAGAUACACGAUGGGCGCGAUGGUGGAAUCUGCAUAUUUAAUGAAGGCAAAGGUAUAUUAGAAGAAAAUGAAAUAUUCCGUAAUGCCCAGGCAGGUGUGUUGAUAAGUACAGAAAGUCAUCCAAUAUUACGACGGAAUAGAAUCUACGAUGGUCUAGCUGCGGGGGUAGAAAUCACAAACAAUGCUACAGCAACACUUGAGGCCAAUAAAAUAUUUAAUAAUAGAUUUGGAGGUUUAUGUCUGGCCAGUGGAGUUAAACCUACUUUUGAAGGAAGGGAAAAUGUGAUAACUGGAAAUCAUAAUAUGGUAGAGAAAGCUGUUUCUACAGGUCAAUGUUUAUAUAGAAUAUCUAGCUAUACCAGUUUCCCCAUGCAUGAUUUCUAUAGAUGUAAAACGUGUCACACGACAGAAAGAAACGCCAUUUGUUAUAACUGUAUUAAACGUUGCCAUGGUGGCCACGAAGUUGAAUUCAUACGCCACGACCGGUUCUUUUGUGAUUGCGGUGCUGGAACGCUAAAUAACAAUUGCCAAUUACAAGGAGAACCUACACAGGAUACUGACACUUUAUAUGAUUCAGCUGCACCUAUGGAGUCCCAUACCUUACAAGUCAAUUGA